AUGACCUCGUAUGACCGACACGCAUCCCACGACUCUCCUUAUCGGACCGGCAAACAUGUGCCUCUGAGUCAAAGCCGCCAUGAGCCUCUGACGUCCAUUGCAACGAGCGCUAUCGAAUCGCGACCGGACCUCACUGAUUCUUACGAAGACGAUCAACACAAAGCAUCGACGGGCUCUAAUACCAAUGGCUGGACUGGUUCUCCGACCGGGAUGGGCUCCCCCAACCGCCCUUAUUCCCCUGGAAUGCGGUCUCUUUCUUCCCAGAAACGGCAGUCGUCUGAACCCGGUGUAGAUGGCGCUCCGGAGAUUCAGAUGCAAAGUUUCCACGACGGAGCUCCGCCUCCGCCCCCGGUUGCUCACUCCUGGAGAAAAAUCGACCGAUGGCUAGAAAGCAACUACGAGGAGCUUUUCGAUAAUUUAUGCGAGGGAUGUACACAAAAUGACAUCAACGAGCUAGAGCAUGAAUUGGAUUGCAGCCUACCGCUGGAGGUGCGAGAGUCGCUGAUGGUCCAUGACGGGCAGGAACGUCCUGGCUUGCCCACGGGUCUCAUCUUCAGCUGCAUGCUCCUGGACUGCGAAGAAAUUGUUCAGGAAUGGAAAAAUUGGCGGACUGUCAACGAGGAAUACCUGAGCUCCUCUGGUAUGAUGGCCUCGCCCCUUCCACCUAAAGCUCCGGCGAGCUCCUCGUCUGCCGCCCCACCCCCCAAUGGCUCCAAUCCAUUGUGGAGGCAGGAUCUUCUCGAACGCCAGGAUUCUCAGCCCCCCGGGGCAGUGCAAAAGGCGUAUGCUCACCCUGCCUGGAUCCCUCUCGCUCGUGACUGGGGUGGCAACAACAUCGCUAUCGAUCUCGCACCGGGACCUGCAGGCAAAUGGGGCCAGGUCAUCAUCUUUGGUCGAGAUUAUGAUUGCAAAUACGUUGUCGCCCGGUCUUGGGCCGCUUUUCUCGCGAUCAUGGCCGACGACAUCUGCAGUGGUAAGGUCUCUGUUGACGAGGAGACGAACGAACUGAAGCUGCUGGAAUUCAAAUCUCAAAAUGUCGAGCCUCCCUACAUGGAAAUUCUUCGAUGGAGGACGGACCAAAAGUACGGCAGGAGACCCCCUCGUCGCAAGGGUCCUAACGGACUAGGCCUGAGUACCGGCGGCAAAUCCGGCAAGGAAUCCCCCUACGGGAGCCCAACGCCGGGUGAAGAACGCGGGAGGUCGCCUCACCGCUUCCCCAACCGCGGGUCUACUCAGAGUCCUAAGACACAGUUUGGUAUAUCCAGCCCUCUUGCCCGGGUCACGGAAGAGGCGCCAAGCCCUAUACAGACGAAUGGCGAGCCUGAGCUCCCCGAAGGGUCAACGAAACCAGACGUGAAGGAGGCCCAAAGCGAAGAUCUAAUGGAAGUGGCAACGCCUCAAGUACAGGACAAGGAGAACGACGGGAUCCUCGGGAAGGAAGAUGAGCAGAAACCGUCGGAAACAGAGAAAGCGCAGAAGCGUGAGUCGAAUCCAGGAGCAGCUGGCGCCGCGACCUUGGAUGCCGAGGUCUUGGGUGAAAUGAAAAAUGUAGCCAUUUAA